CGCUCCAGAUCCGCCGCCGGCCCCCCUUAAGCCACAUCGAGGUUGCUCUGCCUCCCCUGCCUCCUUCGCCCGUCCUUCGCCAUGGCUGCGUGGCGGACGCUGGGCUUUGCGGUCCGGAAUUACUCGCAAGCAGCAGCCAAGUUAUUCACGGGAUCCUGCAUGGGGCACCUGCUGGAGGAGAGGAUCCUUUCCGGACAGAAUCCGGGCGCCUCUCCUCGCUCUCCGCCCCAGCAGCCAAGAGGUUCCUGCCGCUCGUCUCCACAAGGGUUAAUAGGAGCCACGGAGCUGAGAUUCCUAGAGCGGAAAGGGAGUCCGGCGCCAGAGGAGAAGGAGGAGGAGCUUCCUGUCCCGGACCUGUCCUUCCUGUGGGACGCCGCUGCUUGUCCUGGAGGGGCCUUUGUCUUCUGCCUACCGGAGGAUCUUCUCCCGUUCUUUCUCCGCAGGGAUGGCUGCCUCUCCUGCCGCCUCCGGGUCAGAUGCGGGGAGGGAAGGAGGACGAGGAAUAGCCUGCAGUGUCUGAACUCCGCAGGAAGGAUGAAAGAGGCUGAUCCUACAAACCUAGCGAGGAUGGAAGGAGGAAGAUGGACGGUUGACCUGGUCAGGCUGUCCCCCACAACCUUUGGAUGUUCCCUCCCAGGACCCUCAGAGAGAUCUGGAAAUGCUUGGGGGAUCCUGAGUGAAGGCAAAACAUCAGAAGUGCAACGUGAAAGAGUGGAGGAGCAACGGAAACUGUGGGUUCAAGUUGGAAGCAACAGAAAAGAGGGGACCCAAAUGCAGGAGUUGGGGAGGGAAUCCACUGCUUCUCAGGUUAAUGAAAAUCAAAUUCACAGAGAGAAGUAUGAAUGUACUGUGUGUGGAAAGAGAUUCCCUUAUCGCUCAACGCUUACUACACAUCAAAGAGUGCACACGGGUGAAAAACCAUAUACAUGCUGGGAGUGUGGAAAGAGCUUCCGUCGGAGUGGUAAACUUACUACGCAUCAAAGAACUCAUACAGGCUGUGCAAUGGCAUCAGACCAACAUUUUAGAUUCUCCUUACAUUACUCAGGAGAGGAAGUUACCACCAUGUGUCCAGCUAAGGGAUCAAUGAGCUUUGAGGAGGUGUCCUUGCAUUUCACUGACGAUGAAUAGUCCCUGCUGGAUCCAGGCCAAAGAGCGCUGUACAAGGAAGUCAUGAUGGAGAUUUAUGAGAUGGUGGCUUCUGUGGGAGAUGUUUGGAGGAUCUUGGCUGAGGGGGACCCAUCUGAAGGGCCACAUGAAAGAGCUGAGGAGCAACAGAAGUUAAGGAUUCAAGAUGGAACCAACAGACAAGAGGGCAGAGGAACGCAGAAGGUGGGGAGGGAACCCACUGCUUCUCAGGUUAACGAAAAUCAGAUAACGCACACAGGGGACAAACCUAAAGAAUGUUUGGAGGGUGGAAAGAACGUCAGUGACAGAGCCUACCUUAUUUUUCAUAAAAGAUGUCAUACAGCAGAAAAGCCAUAUAAAUGCUGGGAGUGUGGAAAAGGCUUCAGUCGGAAAGAACACCUUACUCUGCAUCAAAGAAUUCAUACAGGCGAGAAACCUCAUAAAUGCAGGGAGUGUGGAAAGAGCUUCAGGCACAGUGACUCCCUCACUAGGCAUCAAAGAAUUCAUACUGGGGAGAAACCUUAUAAGUGUUUGGAAUGUGGAAAGAGCUUUAUUCAGUGUAGCGUUCUCACAAGACAUAAAAGAACUCAUACAGGGGAUAAACCUUAUAGAUGCUGGGAGUGUGGAAAGAGCUUUAGUGACAAUGGCACUCUUACGAAACAUCAAAGAACUCACACAGGGGGAAAACCUUAUAGAUGUUUGGAGUGCGGAAAGAACUUCAGUCACAUAAAGUCCCUUACUUUCCAUAAAAGAAGGCAUGCAGGGAGAAAACCUUAUGAAUGCUUGGAAUGUGGAAAGAGCUUUAGUGUGCGUAGCCAGCUCAGAAGACACAUAAGAAUUCAUACAGGGGAGAAACCUUAUAAAUGUUUGGAGUGCGGAAAAAGUUUCAGCCGGAGUGGCCACCUUUCACAACAUCAAGGAACUCACACAGGGGAAAAACCUUAUAAAUGCUUGGCGUGUGACAAGUGUUUUAGUCAGAGUGUUCACCUUACUCUGCAUCUAAGAACUCAUACAGGGGAAAAACCUUAUAAGUGUUCAGAGUGUGAGAAGAGCUUCAGUCAGAAUAGUCACCUCAUCAUGCAUAAAAGAACCCAUACAGGGGAGAAACCUUAUAGAUGUUUGGAGUGCGGAAAGAGCUUCACUGUCAGUUCAUCCCUUUCUAAACAUCAAAGAAUUCAUACAGGGGAAAAACCUUAUGAAUGUUUGGUGUGUGGAAAGAACUUCAGUCGCCUAGAUUCACUAACUUUGCACAAAAAAAGGCAUACAGGGGAGAAACCUUAUAAAUGCUGGGAGUGUGGAAAGAGCUUUAGUGGCUCCCUUACUCAGCAUCUAAGAACUCAUACAGGGGAGAAACCUUAUAAAUGUUUGAAGUGUGACAAGAGUUUUAGUCAGAGUGGUCACCUUACUCAGCAUCUAAGGACCCAUACCGGGGAGAAACCUUAUAAAUGCUCGCUGUGUGGAAAGAGCUUCAGUGGCUCCCUUACUCAGCAUCUAAGAACUCAUACAGGGGAAAAACCUUAUAAAUGUUUGAAGUGUGACAAGAGUUUUAGUCAGAGUGGUCACCUUACUCAGCAUCUAAGAACUCAUACCGGGGAGAAACCUUACAAUUGCUUGGAGUGUGGAAAGAACUUCACUUACAGAUAUUCCCUUAACUCGCAUCAAAUAAUUCAUAGAAGGGAAACAUCUUAAGCUUGGAAGGUGGAAAAAUAUCCAGUGAUCUCAAGAGGUCCUGUAGAGAGCAAAUGAAAGAUUCUACUCAGUGUUAGAAUUCCCUUCCUUAUCUCCAGCUUUUACAAUAGACCCUUGCUUCUUCUGAAGCCUUUGGAUCCCAGUAUUCCUUCCAUUUUAGAGGGGAAAGGGGCUUUUGCUUUCAACAUGCUUUUUCAGUAUGGAAGCAGUUUGGCCUCGGUCCUGUAUACCUGAAGGAGCGUCUCCACCCCCAUCAUUCAGCCCGGACACUAAGAUCCAGCACCGAGGGCCUUCUGGCAGUUCCCUCAUUGCGAGAAGUGAGGUUGCAGGGAACCAGACAGAGGGCCUUCUCGGUAGUGGCACCGCCCUGUGGAACGCCCUCCUAGCAGAUGUCAAGGAAAUAAGCAACUAUUCUACUUUUAGAAGACAACUGAAGGUGGCCCUGUUUAGGGAAGUUUUUUAUGUUUGAUGCUGUACUGUUUUUAAUAUUCAGUUGGAAGCCGCCCAGAGUGGCUGGGGAAACUCAGCCAGAUGGGCGGGGUAUAAAUAAUAAAUUAUUAUUAUUAUUAUUAUUAUUAUUAUUAUUAUUAUUAUUACCUGUAAGCCAGUGUGAGGGACGGGCAGGUGUUUGAGUGGUGGGUGGGAUAGGUAGUGGAAGAUUUACAGGGAGGUUCAGUGCCACCUCUGAGGCAAGAGGUGGUCAUAGAGGAGAGCCAAACUGAAGGCAGGAGAGGGGUUGCAGGAAGUCUCCGAGGUGGAAGAGAAGGUCCCAGAAAGAGUCUUGCCAUUGGACUCUCCUCAAACCCCUCACCCACUGUCUCCACUGACAACGAGGGGCAUAAAGCAAUAGCAACAAGGAUCGCCUCUUUCCAUAUGAACCUACCUGGACCAUGAGGUCAUCUUCUGAGACCCUUCUUCAUGUGCCUCCUCCGUGAGAGGCCUGGAGUGUGGCAACACGAUAACGGGGCCUUUUCUGCAGUGGCUCCCCAUCUGUGGAAUACUUUCCUCAGGGAGGUUCACCUGGAGCCUAGGCACUAGGCAAAAGCCUUUCUCCUUAACCAGGUUUCUGGCUGAUUUACAUCUAAUGCCCUUUUAGAAUGUGGGGUUUUUGGUGUGUGUGUGUGUGUGGUUUUUGUUACAAUUAUAUAUUUUGCGUUAUGUUGUGAUUGUAUCCUGUGAACCGCCCUGAGUUCCUCCCAGGGCUGGAAAGGGGUUCAUUUCACCUUCCGUUUGCUAGUAAAACUGAAUUAGUUUGUCGGGAAAUGACACAUGUCUAGAAAUCGUUUCACCAACAUGAAAAGUUUGGAAAGCUCUGCAUUAGUAGGAGAACCUGAGGUCUCUUGUGAGCCUGUGCAUUGGUAUAAUAUGGUGGUCCCUGUUAGUUCACCAUAUUUUUUCUUUUAACAUUAGCAGAAGUGUUAAUUAUAUCCCUUGCUGAUGUAACCAAGUGCUUUGCCAAUAAAGACCUGAACUUCCUAUUGUUUGCCCACAUUGGGCUGGGGCUCUGGAUUAUGAACAGAAAUGUAAUUAAUUAAUUAGGGUUAGUUAGUUAAUUAAUUAAUUAACAACUUGGAACAACUUGGAAUUAAUUAACAACUUGGAAGAGACCUUGCUUUUGAAUCUUGUAUGCAUUAAAUUUUAUUGUUCCAUAUUUUUGCUUAGUUCCAGGUGGGGGUGUUCCUUCCCCAUUUCAAUUUCCCAGCCUUUUUUUUUUUUUUUUGAAUCCACAUCCUGCCUAUGGGAUCUGACAUUUAUCUUUCAUCUCUUCUAAAAUUACAAAAUAAUAAUAAAAUAGUCUGAUUCCUUGUAAUGGCUAUGCUGCAGAUCUUUAAUAGAUGUAAAUGCUUUACCUGGUAUUCUGCUGACAUGCAUUAAGUAUAUUUUUCCAAAGAGUGUAGCCUCUCAGAUCACCCUCUUCAUGGACAAAAGGUCUCCCUCAGCCCCUGUCAGGAAGGCCAGAAAUAUUCUGGAUAUAUGAUAGCUCCUCUAAUUGUUUCAUUGUCCAAGACAUUGCUAUUUGUUUCUGUUUCCAGUUGUCAUGAAGUCUGGGUUGAUUCUGUUUUUACUGUGUUUAGCCCCUUACGAAUAAAUGCUCAUUAAAAAACAUGUACAGUCGUACCUUGGUUCUCGAAUGGAAUUCGUUCCGGAAUUCCGUUCGACUUCCAAAAAUGUUCAAAAACCAAGGUGCAGCUUCCGAUUGGCUGCAGGAGCUUCCUGCACUCAAUCGGAAGCUGUGUCGGACGUUCAGGUUCCAAAGACCGUUCGCAAACUGGAACACUCACUUCUGGGUUUGCGACAUUUGGGAGCAAAAGCUUUCGAUAACUAAGCUGUUCGAAAACCAAGCUAUGACUGUAUAAUAAACCUCAGGACUUUGUCAAGAAACCACAACAGGGUAGAAGGUUCAUAAUUUUUCCAGACAACCAUGUAAAAGUUAGUGUGUUAAUUGGACACCGUUUCAGACUUCAUGUUUCUUCACCUUCAUGAAGGUUUCAAAUUUUAUGCUUCUGAAAUAUCCAGACUAGGGGAGGGUUCUCGGUGAGAUAUAUUUGUGCUGUGUUUGGUUCACCUCCUUUGCCCUAACCUCCAGCUCAAGGAACCUUCAGAAGGGAGUUGCUGCCAAGGUGCAUGUGAAAAGGAUCCCGGAGCUUUAGUAGAACACAAGCUUGACAUGAGUCAACCGUGUGAUGCAGCAGGAGUAAAAAAUAAAUUAAUGCUAUUCUAGCCUGCAUCCACAGAAUUAGUGUCAAGGGAAGUAAUAGUACUACUCUCCUGCCUUGAUCAGACCACAUCUGAAAGGCUAUCACAUGGAAGAGAGAGCAAUCACUUUAUGACAGGAAGAGCUGUUGGACAUUGGAACGGUUUCCUGGUCUCCCUUUGGAGGUUGUGCACUCUCCUUCCUUGGUGGAAUUUAAGCAGAGUUUGGCUGGUACCUGCCAUGGAUGCUUUACGGAGAUUCCUGCAUUGCAGGGGGUUGGACUAGAUGGUCCUCUGGGUCCAAUCCAACUCUGCAAUUCUAUUAUUCUGAUUCUAAUGUUUAUUCCUUUCAACAUGCUUGUUUUAUACAUUUUAAGUAAGGAUGUUGAGAUCAAAUUAUUGUGCAUUUUAACAUAUAUGGAUGUAUUUUAUAUAGGUGUAAGCCUCCUAAACACGACACUAUUUAUUUGUAUAAGCGUCUGGGGACUUCUGCUUCAGUGUAUCUGAAGAAGUGUGCAUGCACACGAAAGCUCAUACCUAUGACAAGCUUAGUUGGUCUCUAAGGUGCUGCUGGAAGGAAUUUUUUUAUUUUGUUUCGACUACGUCAGACCAACACGGCUACCUACCUGUAACUAGAACUAUUUAUUUGAGACAUUGUAACUUGCUCAUCAGCAAAAUAGGCCCCCAUGAGGGGAGAGGGACACGGUACCUGUUCAGAACUGGUUCUCCCUACAAUGACAAGUUGGUACAGUUCAGGGAAAGGAGGUCAAGACCUGGUUACUUCUUUUUAGAAUUAUUUGCUGUAUUUUAAAAUAGUUAUUCAUAUCCAUAUAUUUUCACCAUAUGGAAGUUUAAUGCCUCUUUAAUCUCUUUAAUGGUAAAGAUGAUCUUUCUACGAUCUCAGAGUCAGACUCUCAAUUUAAAAUAAUAAUAGCAGCAGCAGGAACAACAACAACAUUGAUGAUGAUUAUAUGGUACUAAGGCUGCCCAUGGUCACGGGAUCCUGCAUGGGGCACCUGCUGAAAAAGAGGAUCGUGCACUCAGGGCCUGAUCCUGCAGGGCUUUCCAGAGAAAAUCGGGGCGCCUCUCGCGCUCCGCUCGGAGCAGCCAACAGUUUACUUCUGAUCGGUUCCGCAAGGGUUAACCAGAGGCACAGAGCCGAGAUUCCUAGAGCGGAAGGGGAGUCCGUCGCCUGAGGAGGAGCUUCCGCUUCCUGUCCCAUGCCUGUCAUUCCCGUGGCAGGCGGCUGCUUGGCCUGGAGGGGCUUCUGUCCUGAUCCCGGAGGAACUUCUCCCGUUCUCCUCUCGCCCCCGGGUCAGAUGCGGGGAAGGAGAGACGGAGAGGAGGAGGAGGGAAGAGCUGGGACUCCCAUAGGGCAGGAGAAGAGGCUUCUCGGAGGAGGACGAAGGCAAGGCGGGCCCCGCGCACCUUAACCCGAGAGAGAGAAAAAGGGCAAAUCCAGAUCUUUCUCCCUCUUUCCCUGCUACACUGUCUACUACAAUUUUGACAGGCUGUGCAAUGGCAUUGGAGCAACACUGUGGAUCCUUGCUGCUUUACCCUGGAGAGAAAGCAACCACCAUGCUUAGAGUUGGUCUCUAAGGUGCUACUGGAAGGAAUUUCUUUAUUUUGUUUCAACUACGGCAGACCAACACGGCUACCUACCUA